UCAAAUGCUUUUGGAGUUGACGACCACCGCAAACACAUCGGUCGCUCUAUAGUGUACUCUGUCCAUUUUUAACUUUGCCCUCAUGUAAAUCCAAUAACAAGAUCGAUAAGUAUUGUUUAAAGGAUCCGAUUAGCCCUCAGAGCAUAGGAGAUUUUCAGAGGUAGACAAAAUGAAGAUGUUCUAUUUUCCCUUGGCCGGCAUAUUGAUUUUCCGUUCAGCAGACUUCACUCCACUUUUCUUGGCAUCUUCCUUGCCUUCACUUCUCCUUUGCUUUCUGUUCUUUCCUCCUUUCCGCUCUAGGCGAUUACUCAUCAGAGCUGAGUGCCGGACCGAGACACUUCAAAUAGAACGCUUGGGUAGCUGCUUCUGCGCUAGGCGGCCUGGGCUCAAAAAUGGCCUGAUUUCUCCGUCACGUGCAACCUUCACGUCGAGGCCAUCUGCUCCAACCCAAUCACAAGCUGCCCAUGUCAACGUCGAAGGAAUUCCUUCCAGACUUGAGACUUUGCACUGUCAGGUCGGCCUGCAAACCUUAUCUUUGGAGUCCAGACAAAGCGAGCACUCCCGUGCUGCAGUGGGGCAAAGGGCUCGCUCUGCUUCUGCUGAUGCCACUGCAGACCGGCCACAAGAGUGCGCUUCCUGAACACAAAUAUGAGCUUAAGCAAUUCAUCCUCGAUCCGCAAUAGUUCGAGUUGUGCCGCAGAGAGUUGUCCGUAAUCCGUAUUGCGGACGUGGCUCUCUCCCACAACGGGUCAUAUACCCCCGUCUCGUCACUUUUCUCAGCCCAUUCAAGUGCUACCAGGGGCUCAGCAUGCGCUCGGGAGAUUUGCUAUUGGAAGUGGAAGGAAAGC